GAUUGUUGCGCUUCCCGAGUGCUGCUGCGGAUGAUUUUGUAGCUCUUGGGCUGGCUUUCUCGGCUUCGAUUACGUUUGUUUGUAGUUUUUAAACAUGAAAGCGCUUUGCUUGGUUUUCUGCCUUUUCUUUAGCGUAGCGGUAAUGGCGGGGAAAUACACGCGCGAAAUGAAUGAACAAAAUAUCUCUAAUGACGGAAAAAAUCCCGUGGAGUUCAGAAUCGCCAAACUCAACCAGGUGUGGGAGAAAGCGAACAGAAUGCAGCUAGCGCCGGUCCGUCUGUCGGAACUGCACAGUGACCUGAAAAUGCAAGAGAGAGAGGAGCUUCAGUGGAAAAAGCUCAAGGCUGAGGGUCUGGACGAGGACGGAGAGCGAGAGGCCAAGCUCAGACGCAGCUUUCAUAUCAUUCUUGCCAAAUAUGGCAUGGAUGGUAAGAAGGACAAUCGUGCUUUGGACACCAACAGCUUGAAGGACCAUGAUCCCAAACAGGGAGACAUGUUUGAUGACCCCAGACUUGACAAGCUGUGGAACAAAGCCAAGACAUCCGGAAAGUUCUCCGAGCAGGAACUGCAGAGCCUGCACAGAGAGUUCCAGCACCACAAGGACAAGAUCCACGAGUACAAUAUUGUCGUGGAUACAGUCAGCAGGACUGAGGAGAUCCAUAAGAAUGUGAUCUCGCCACUGGAGGAGGAUGAGAAGCAGAAUGCACUUCAUGAGAAACACACCGAGCUGAAGCAGAGGAUGAGGGACCUGAAUCAGGGGUUUGAGCGCCUCCGAAAAAUCACUCACGAAGGCUUCAGUAGUGACAACGAGUUCAAAGAGCCCAGAGUCAUAGAGCUGUGGGAGAUGGCCAGAAGAUCUAAUCUCAGCGAGGAUGCACUUGACUCUCUUAAAGAGGAGCUGAAACACUUUGAGACAAAGGUGGAGAAGCACCAGCACUACCAGGAACAGCUGGACUACUCGCACCAGAAACUGCAGCACGUGGAGGCCCUCGGGGACGAGGAGCACAUCAUGAGACACAAGGAGAAGUACAACAACCUCGCCGAGAAGGCAAGAGAGAUGGGCUACAAGAUGAAGAAGCAUUUACAGGAUAUAACCAAUAAGAUCUCACGAAACGGUCUGCCACACAAUGAGCUCUGAUCACCAUGGCAACCAUGUGUAGGUCACGUUCCUGCUCUCCCUGCGUUUGUGUCAGACAUUGAUCAGCGUGAAGGUGGGGGGUCAUCGAUUUAUACUGUUUAUUAAAUCAUCAAUGCCAGAGUUACGAUUGGAGAACAUUUGCUCCUCAGCAGCACUGAUUUGUUUGUUUUUGUUGUAUAUUUGACUUGCAUAUUGGAGGUUUGUUAUUGGAUCCAGUAUUUGCAAACGGAUUUGGAUAUUUUUGGAACAGAAGCAUAUGGGUGUCCCGACUUUAUCCAGAGCUUGUUUCUGUAACUGAUCUGUUCAUAUAGUUCACAGAAGCCACAUCCUGUGGUAGCUGAACAUGUAAGUAGUAGCAUUCAGACUUUAUCUAACACUAACCUUGAGAGUCUGAAUCAAAUGUUUUGACAUGCUCAACAAAAUUUCACAUCUGUUGUUUGUAAAUAUAAAACAUCCAUAUUAUUCAUAAAAGGUGCAGUCAAACUAAAGGCUCUCGCUGUGCGUGUGUGAUUGCGUAUCAAAAACUAAACUUCACUUGCAGACAAUAAUUCUGUUCCUACCAUCAAUGUUGCAGUUAAAUAAUACACUCAGUAUUUAAAUAAAAUAAAAUAAAAAUGUAUACAGCACUGAACCAUACUGCCAGAGACUUUCAAUGUAUUAUUUAUUGUACUAAAGAAAGAUAGAAACAUCAGGAGACAUUUAAAAAAAAAUACAGCAUCCAUUUCUCAUGAUGUGUGUACAUUGAAGCUGUAUAUGUACAAAUCAAAGUUGGUCACCUGAAAAGCAUGUAGACUAUUUACAGUUAGUAACAUUCUUGACAUUAAAUCUGUGACUAACAUUUUACACUAAGCUCAUUUCUAUAAUAUCUCUUGUACAUCAAAUGUGACGUAGCAUACGUCUGUCAGUACAAAACAA